ACUUACAGUAUAUAAUGAGAGCAGUGUAAACAAAAUUAGAAUAGUGACUUGCAAGCCACAAAGUUUUCUUUCAUUUGCCAGAAAGUGCACAACAAAUUUGCUGGAGAAGUUGCAAAGAUGUUUACAAAUCCAUUUCACAGAAGCCAAAAGGUGAAGGGGACAGUGAUAUUGAUGCAUAGGAAUGUGUUGGAUAUCAACGCCCUCACCGCUGGUUUAAAUGUCACAGGUGGAUUCAAGGUUCUUGGUAAUCUCACUUGCUCUAUAAUUGACACCUACGCUUCAAUCUUGUGCUCUUCCGUGGCUCUCAGGUUGAUUAGUGCUACUAGUGCUGAUGAAAGUGGAAAAGGUAAAGUGGGAAAGAGAUCGUUUCUUGAAGGUUUUGUUACCUCUGCACCAAUUCUAGGAGCUGGACAGUCUGCAUACAAAGUUCAUUUUGAAUGGGAUAGUGAGAUGGGAAUUCCAGGAGCAUUUUAUAUUGAGAAUUUCAUGCUAGGAGAAUUCUUUCUUGUAAGUUUAACACUUGAAGAUAUUCCUAACCAUGGAACCAUCAACUUUGUUUGCAACUCAUGGAUUUACAAUUGUCGAAAGUACAAAACUGAACGCAUUUUCUUUGCCAACAAGACAUAUCUUCCAAGUGAAACACCACCUCCAUUAGUCUACUAUAGACAAGAAGAGUUGAACACUUUAAGAGGAGAUGGAACAGGAGAGCGUAAAGAAUGGGAAAGGAUCUAUGACUACGAUGUCUACAAUGAUGUGGGUGAUCCUGACAAGAAAGCAAGCUUGGCUCGUCCCGUUAUUGGAGGAUCCAACACCUUGCCUUACCCUCGAAGAGGGAGAACCGGCAGGAAACCAGCUAAGAAAGAUCCUAAAAGUGAGAGACGGAGCGAGUAUAUUUAUCUUCCAAGAGAUGAAUCAUUUGGUCACUUGAAGUCUUCAGAUUUUCUUGUUUACAUACUCAAAUCAGUAUCUCAAAAUGUCAUACCUCAAUUACAAUCUGCAAUUACAUUACAAUUCAAUAAGCCAGAAUUUAACAGCUUUGAUGAUGUGCGAUCAUUUUAUGAUGGUGGGAUUAAAUUACCUACUAGUACACUUAGCAAACUUAGCCCUAUACCAUUUUUCAAGGAACUCUUCCGAACUGAUGGUGAAUCGGCCCUAAAGUUUCCACCACCUAAAGUCAUUAAAGUGAAUCAAUCUGGAUGGAUGACUGACGAAGAAUUUACAAGAGAGAUGAUUGCUGGUGUAAAUCCACACAUCAUCAAAAGAAUUCAGGAAUUUCCACCAAAGAGCAAGCUAGAUAGGCAACUCUACGGUGAUAAUACCAGCACAAUAACCAAAGAACAGCUUCAACAAAACAUGGGUGGCAUCACAGUUGAACAAGCUAUCCAAACCAACAAAUUGUACAUACUUGAUUACCACGACUCGUUAUAUCCAUAUCUGAGGAAAAUAAAUGCAGCUGAUACAAAGGCAUAUGCUACGAGAACCUUCCUUUUCUUACAAAAUGAUGGAACUUUGAAGCCGUUGGCCAUUGAGCUAAGUAGCCCACAUCCUCAGGCUGAUAGCUUUGGUCCUGUUAGUGAUAUUUACUUGCCUGCAAGUGAAGGUGUUGAAGCUUCUAUUUGGCUCCUUGCCAAGGCAUACGUUGUUGUAAACGACUCUUGCCAUCACCAACUCAUCAGCCAUUGGUUAAACACUCAUGCUGUUGUUGAGCCAUUCAUCAUAGCAACAAAUAGGCAUCUUAGUGUGGUUCAUCCUAUUCAUAAGCUUUUACUUCCGCACUAUCGUGACACAAUGAACAUUAAUGCACUUGCAAGGAAUGUUUUGGUCAAUGCAGAGGGUGUUAUUGAGAAGACGUUCUUGAUGGGAAGUUAUUCUCUAGAGUUGUCUGCUGUAUUAUAUAAGGAUUGGAAUUUUAAAGAGCAAGGUUUGCCUAAUGAUCUACUCAAAAGAGGAGUGGCUGUUAAGGAUCCAAGUUCCCCACACGGCCUUCGCCUUCUGAUAGAGGACUACCCUUAUGCUGCUGAUGGAUUAGAGAUAUGGGCUGUUAUUAAGUCAUGGGUUGAAGAAUAUGUGAAUUUCUACUACAAGUCAGAUGCAAAUAUUGGACAAGAUUCUGAACUCCAAGCAUUUUGGAAAGAACUUGUAGAGGUUGGUCACGGUGACUUGAAAAAUGCUAAAUGGUGGGUUAAGAUGCAAACUCGCACAGAGUUGAUUGACUCUUGCACUACCCUCAUAUGGAUUGCUUCAGCACUUCAUGCAGCUGUUAAUUUUGGACAAUAUCCGUACGGUGGUUACAUUCUUAACCGACCAACUAAAAGCAGAAGAUUAAUGCCUAAGAAAGGAUCCCCCGAGUAUGAUGAGCUUUCUAAGAACUAUCAAAAGGCGUUUUUGAGAACAAUCACACCAAAAGAUGACACACUAACUGACUUGACCAUUAUAGAGGUCUUGUCAAGACAUGCUUCUGAUGAACAAUACCUUGGACAGAGAAUUGAAGGUGAUCUUUGGACUUCUGAUUCACAACCAUUAGAGGCUUUCAAGAGAUUCGGAACAAAGUUGGCUGAAAUUGAACAAAAACUCACUCAAAGGAACAAUGAUGAGACUCUAAGGAAUCGAUAUGGACCAGUGAAGAUGCCGUAUACUUUGCUUUAUCCUUCUAGUGAGGAAGGAUUGACUUGCAGAGGCAUUCCUAACAGUAUCUCCAUCUAAAAAGGUUCCCUUGUAGUAAUUCUAUGAAUAACAUACGAAGAAGGAAUUCAAUUCCCUCAACCCCUAUCUAUGGUCAUGUUUUUAUGCAUGUAUGUUUGUUUGAUUGUUAUAAUGUUUUGCUUAACAUCAAUGUAAGAAAUAUUUUAUCUGUCGUACUUGUACCAUUCCAGACCAUUGAUUUCAUAUGCAGCUUUCAUGUUUCACCUUAAACUUAAAAAUUAAUUUUGUCAUAUUAU